UUCCUUCCUUCCUCCGCCUGCUUCCUUCCUUCCUCCGCCUGCUUCCUUCCUCCAUCCAGACGCCUUCCAUCUUCCAUCCUCCUCCUCCCCCUCCAACUCAAUCUCCGCUCGCCUUCCCAGCCGCACCACGACAAAGAUGCAGUUCUCCAUCAAGUGCCUCGCCAUUGUGCUUGCCGGCUUCGCGGCGGUCGCCAGCGCCCUCCCAGGGUCCCGACGAGACGACAACGAUGACGAUUACGAGGAUUCCAGGGUUGCGAGAGUGACCGGUUGCAGUCUGGACAGAGCGGUCAUGCCGACGAUCCAGCAGGACGGAUAUGCAGAGCUCUCGUCUCCCUCACCUCGCACACCCAAGCGAGUCGUCCUCGGCAAAGGAACGCAGAACUACACCUGUUCCACGAGCACCGCGUCCGUGGCACCAGCGGCGUACGGAGCGUACGCCCUGCUGUACGACGCCUCAUGCCUGGCGCAGAACUUCCCCGCAGUACUCCACUCGAUGCCGGCGAUGCUCCUGGCCAUGGAGGAGAAGAAGAUCCGCGCGCUGCUGGGAUUGUGCAGCAUCAUGGGCGACAAGAAGGUCGAAGUCGGGCUGCACUACUUCACCGACGCCACCACGCCCGUCUUCGAGUUCACCAAGAGCGGCAGCAGCGACAUCUUCGUCGGAAAGAAGACGGAGGGAGUGCCCGCCCCGUCUGCUGCGCCGCAGGGCGACCACGGCGCCGUCGAUUGGCUCAGGCUCUCGGCCAUCGAGGGUACCCGCGGGUUCUCCGACGUCUACAGAGUCAACACUGCAGGAGGAAUGGCUCCCAGGACGUGCGAGGGCAUGCCCGCAAAGUUCGAGAUCCCGUACGCUACCGAGUACUGGUUCUUUUAAGUUUUUUCCCGGCCGAUAGACCAACCACCACCACCUCCUGGCUACCACCGCCAUUUACCUAUUUCCGAACAUAUACCUCUUAAUUUCCUUGUGACACUACGACACACGCGGGCUAGGUGAAUGCGGGAGAGUGAAGUCGGGGAGGCUAGAAAUGCGUGGAUUCCUGUACCUUCAUUGUAAAUACUUGUAUAGUUACCUUUUUUUUCUUCUCUUUUUCUCUCUUCCUUGCAGCAUAUCUUCUGUCAUGGCGCUCUGGGCGCACAAUCAUUCGUUUUUUUCGGUCACGGGGUCGGGUCUGGUUGGGUGCGGGGUUUGCGAUUGGCGGCAUUUGUUGUUUUUUUCUUUCUUCUGAGAGGUUGUUUUCACACGGAGUCUUUGAAUUAAUGCGGU